AUGGUGAGCCCGGCAAUGCUGAAAGGGAUGAACACAGAGGUGUAUGGCGAAGGACAUCCCUUCGGUGACCCGUCGUGGUACCAGGCAUACAAUACGCCCUACUACAACGAUUCGCACAAGCAAUUUCGUAAGCUUAUGAGAGAGUAUGUCGACGAGCAUAUCAUGGGCAACGUGCAUGAUUGGGAUGAGAAGGGCGUGAUCCCCAAGGAGAUGUACCUGGAAGCUGGCAAGCAGGGCACCUUGGCUCUAUGCAUUGGAAGGCCUUGGCCUGAGAAGUACUAUGGUAAGCCCCCUUGGGGCUUUGAGCCCGACUACUUCCAUGAGUUGAUCAUGUAUGACGAGAUGAGCAGAACCGCAUCCGUCGGCUUUCAGUGGGGCAUCGCUGGUGGCACCACUAUCGGAUUGCCGCCGGUGUGCCACCACGGCAGCGAGGAACUGAAGCAGCGGGUGAUGCCUGCCUGCGUGAAAGGCGAGAAGGUCUGCUGCCUCGCAAUCACCGAGCCCACAGCUGGCAGCGAUGUGGCCAACUUGAAGUGCACGGCCAAGCUCGAAGGUGACCAUUACAUUCUGAACGGAGAGAAGAAAUGGAUCACGAACGGCAUCUUCGCGGAUUUCUUCACCGUGGCCUGCCGUACAGGAAAGCCUGGUGUGGGUGGCAUCAGCUUGCUUUUGGUGGAGAAGGACAUGCCUGGCGUGGAGACUCGCAAGAUGAAGUGCUCAGGCGCCUGGUCAUCCGGCACCACCUACAUCACCUUCGAUGAUGUCAAAGUGCCCAAGGGCAACCUGCUUGGAAAGGAGGGCAAGGGUUUCCAGUACAUGAUGCAGAACUUCAAUCACGAGCGCUUCGCCUUCUGCGCGAUGAGCACGCGCUUCGCGCGCGUUUGCCUCGAGGAGUCCCUGAAGUUUGCCGGCAAGCGCAAGACCUUUGGCAAGACGCUCAUCCAGCACCCGGUGAUUCGUUGGAAGGUCGCAGAAAUGGCCCGCAUGGUGGAGGCAACUCACAACUGGCUCGAAUGGAUCACUUUCCAGCUGAACACCAUGCCCAAGCUCGAAGCUAUGUUGAAGCUCGGUGGGCACACGGCUCUGUGCAAGGUUCAGUGCACCAAGGUCAUGGAGUACUGCGCCCGCGAGGCCGCCCAGAUCUUUGGAGGUUUGUCGUACUCACGCGGAGGUCAGGGUGAGAAGGUGGAACGACUGAACCGCGAAGUACGCGCCAUGGCAAUUCCAGGAGGCUCAGAAGAGAUCAUGCUGGACUUGGGCGUGAAGCAGUCGACAAAGCUGGCUCAGAUGGCCAAGAUGUUUGCGGAGGCUGCACCUCAGCAGGCGGCAGCAAAGCUGUGA